ACACUAAAAGUUAAUAUUCAACCCUGGGAAGUGGCUCUUCCCUGCCAGGAGCUUUCUGAGGCCAUUGUCGGGAGCUCCUUCCUGGGGCUGGGCAUUUACAGCUUUCUGUUUUACAGUUCAUGAAAUGCUCUCAACUUCUCGAAAAGCUGAGUUUUUUUUCCUCCUGGGAGGGGCUGACUCUACCCUUUAUGAGAAUUCCAAGGCUGCUGGUGCCCUGCCCACCAGGAAACACCUCUCUCUCUGCUACUCUAUAAAGGUCCUCGGUGGCCCCAAGGGAGGAUUUCUGCGGCACAGCGGCCUCCCCAGGACGUGAGGUUCCCACCGGGCCACCAUGAGGUUUCUAGCCCUCGCCAGCCUGCUCUGCAUCUUGCUUCUCUGCUUGUCCGUCUUCUCCGCAGAAGGGAGAAUGCAUCCGAGACAUCCUGCCAAGCCUGGGAAAGGCAAGCCCUGCUGUCCCCGAGUUCCUGGCCCUGACCUGAUGACCCGGAAAGGACACCAUGUGAGAAGCUGCAGACCAUGCAAGUUCAAGCCAAAGCCCCGCUCUUGGGUGGUGCCUGGGGCACUCCCACAGGUGUAGUGCUCCCCAAAACAGGCUCCAUAUAGCCGAGACCCUCAUGCUCAGUGCCUUAGGCACCCAGAAGACUUAGGUUCCCCCAGGAUGCUCCCCUCAAAGUUUGGGCUGAUGACAAAGCCUCUGCCCAUGAACCUGAGCCUCCUCUCUUAAAGACACAUUUCUUGCCUGCCAUGUUGGACUGUGCUCAUGCUGCCUUUUAGAAAAGCCAGAACCAGAAUCUUCUGAAAACCACAACAUGGAUUCAAAGGUCAGAGUCCUGGAAUGCCUGUCUUGUUGUGUGGCCCUGGACAAGUAACUUAGCCCCUCUGGGCUCAUGCUGGCUUCAGAGAUAUAAACUCCAGCGAGACAAAACAUACAAGGAAGGCAUCAACGGGCUUCACUAACCCCUUUCAACCUUCAUGGCAGCGAGCUGGGAUGUUGGAGGGCUUCAUGUCGGGCAGCAAAGGCCCUGGGAAAGUUCCAGAACUCCAGAUCCUGGUCUCAAUCAUGCCACCAACCUUCAGAGUAAUUGCGUGCCAGGUUCAGCCCACCUGGCUUCAGUCUCCACCUGGCCUCUUGAACGCUGAUAGUCAAGACUCCACCGUGACCUGUGGCAGCUACAAAUCUGGAGACUUCCGAGCCUGCUAGGGUGCAGGGUAACAGGAGCCCAAGAGCAGCCAACCAGCCAUGCAGAGGGUCAUCUGUCCUGAGAUAGUACACCUCAGCCCCACAUCCCAUGGCUCCUGAAGGAACCCCUUCCUGACUUCCCGAUGUGAAUCUGCUGGAAAGAACGUCCAAAGAAACAAAUUGUAAAUAAAUAAA